GGACCAUUGCUGUAACCAGACAGUAGUCAGUGCAUGUAUAGUCUGAGGUCUGUGCUAGACACACACACGCACAUAGAGAGAGAGCUCCUGUCACUGCACAGAGAGGCUGCACCGCCUUGACCACCCCAUCUCUGGUGACCUGAGCCUGGCUCCUGUCCCCAGGGUGCCCUCCUCUCUCAUCUCUCCUCUCUGUGCCAAAAAGGAACAGAUCUGUGCCAUCAUCAUCAUCCCAACUUGUUAGCAGCCUGGCAGACUUGAGCAGGAAGAUCCAGCAGCACCUGCCCUGGGUUGUGGAAUAGCAUAUCUGACAGCUGAGCUACAGGCAAUUAACAGACUCUUUGCAAGAACUUUGGAUACAGGCUGCUCAGGCAAGGAGAACCCAGCUUUUAUUUCUCUCUUUUUCUUUUUUUUUUUUUUUGUGUCAUUUUUUUCCCUCCCUUCUCCUCUCUUGCUGGCUGCUGUGGACUUGCAUGGAAUGAGCAAGGAGCUGCUGAAUGAAGGGAUAGCUUUGAAUGGUUCAACUUGCCAGCGGUGUGACUGUCACCGUCCAGAUGAUACUGUGGAGUUACUGCAGAGCUGUGCCACGAUUUGCACCUUGCAGGAAUUAAAGGUGGGAUAUCUGAGGAAUCGAUCUGGAGAUGGACUUACUAUCAGGGACCUACCUUUUGGCGGUGUUAAUAGCCUGUAUAGUCUAUGAGUCUGGUGCUCAGGAGAAGAAUUACAUCAUACGCGAGGAACAGGGCGAAAAUAUAUCCAUUGGAAACUUGUUACGGGACCUAAACCUAACCCUCGACCCUGAUAUAGCUCUCUCCACCCCUCUCCAGUUUAAGCUGGUCUACAAGACCGGCGAUGUCCCCUUGGUACGGGUCGAGGAGAACACUGGUGAAAUUUUCACCACCUCCAACCGGAUAGACCGCGAGAAGCUUUGCGCUGGGAUAUUUACAGAAAACAAGUGCUUUUAUGAGGUGGAGGUUGCCGUUUUACCCGACGAGGUCUUCAGGUUGGUCAAGAUCCGGUUCUUGAUCGAAGACAUCAACGAUAACGCUCCACUUUUCCCCUCCACGGUCAUCAAUAUCUCCAUCCCGGAAAACACCGCCGUCAACUCUCGAUACUCUGUGCCAUCCGCCAUUGACCCGGAUGUGGGCAAGAAUGGAAUUCAGAACUACGAUCUACUUAAGGGGCAGAAUGUGUUUGGACUUGACGUCAUCGAAACCCCCGAAGGUGACAAGUGGCCACAGCUUAUCGUCCAGCAGAGUCUGGACAGGGAGCAGAGGGACACCUAUGUCAUGAAGAUCAAAGUGGAAGACGGGGGAAAUCCACCCAGAUCGAGCACCGCCAUCUUACAAGUGACGGUCACCGAUGUCAACGACAACCGGCCGGUGUUCAAGGACAAAGACAUAGAAGUGAACAUUGCGGAGGACGCCCCCGUGGGGACAUCCGUGACGCAACUUCAUGCCACGGACGCUGACUUGGGCUCCAAUGCCAAAAUUCACUUUUAUUUUGGUAACCAGAUAUCCAACCUUGCCCGGCGGCAUUUUGCCAUCGAUAACAACACUGGAUUAAUAACGGUGAAGGAGCCACUGGACCGGGAGGAAGCUCAUUUUCACAAGCUGACCGUUUUGGCCAGUGAUGGCAGUUCAACACCGUCAAGGGCCACCGUCACCAUAAACAUCACAGACAUUAAUGACAACAUCCCCUCGAUCGAUACAAGGUAUAUCAUAAACCCCGUGAAUGGCACUGUACAAAUAUCGGAGAAAGCGCCAAUUAACACAAAAAUAGCCUUAAUUACCGUUACAGACAAGGAUGCUGAUCUGAACGGCAAGGUGACCUGUUUCACAGACCACGAGGUCCCAUUCAGGUUAAAGCCGGUGUUUGACAAUCAGUUCUUGCUGGAGACUGCAGCCCCUUUGGAUUUCGAGACCACAAGGGAGUACGCCAUCAAGAUUGUUGCCUCCGAUUCCGGGAAACCACCAUUAAACCAAUCUGCUAUGCUUCUUAUUAAGAUAAAGGAUGAAAAUGACAAUCCUCCAAUUUUUACACUCCCUAUGAUCGGGCUGUCCUUCAUCGAAAACAAUCCCCCUGGAACCGAACUUACCAAAAUAAGCGCCACUGACGCAGAUAGCGGUCGCAACGCGGAGCUCAGUUACAUGUUGGCUCCCAACGCUCCCUCCAUAUUCAACCUUGACCGAAGGACAGGGAUUCUUACAGCAGUCAGGAAGCUGGAUAGAGAAAAACAAGACCGAUACACAUUUACCGUUAUCGCAAAGGACAAUGGAGUACCGUCCUUGCAGACCAACACCACAGUGACCUUAUCCGUGCUUGACCAAAACGACAACAGCCCCUCCUUCACCCACAACGAAUACAACUUCUACGUUCCGGAAAAUCUGCCCACUUAUGGAACCGUGGGUCUUAUCACGGUGACGGAUGAAGAUAUCGGGGACAAUGCUGAGUUUUCUCUGUCGCUGGUCAACGCCAGGGAUAAUUUUAUAAUCGACCCCCACACGGGCGUCAUCAAACCAAACAUCUCAUUCGACAGGGAGCAACAAGGUUCGUACACUUUUCAAGUGAAAGCGGUUGAUCGGGGAACUCCACAAAAAUCUUCAACAGUGAAAGUGACCAUUUUUGUUGAAGAUGUCAAUGAUAAUAAGCCCGUGUUUGUCAUGCCGUCAACCAACUAUUCGUGUGAGCUUGUGCCCACAUCGGCCAAUCCUGGAUCUGUUGUUACUCGGGUUUUCGCUGUUGAUAAUGACACAGGGGUGAAUGCUGAUCUACGCUAUAGUAUAGUUGGUGGUAACCCAAGGGGUUUGUUUACCAUAGACGAAAGGAGUGGCAACAUCAGCUUGAAAGAGAAAAUCCUUGCUAUAGACCAUGGCUUACAUCGACUUGUUAUAAAAGUCAAUGAUUCCGGAAAACCAGAGCCCUUUUAUGCAAUAGCUCUGUUGCACUUAUUUGUCAAUGAAACCAUUACCAAUGGAUCUUAUGUUCAAGAGCUAGUGCGGAGAAACAUGGAAACGCCAGUAGGGCAGAAUAUCGGGGAAGGAGAUAUAACGCCGCAAACCAAUGACUACGUCAAAAUCAUCAUCGCCAUCAUUGCAGGCACGAUGACGGUGAUCCUGGUUAUUUUCGUCACCGCUUUAGUUCGUUGCCGCCAAACCCCGAGGCACAAGGUGGUCCAGAAAAACAAGCAGACCGGUGAAUGGGUCUCCCCAAACCAAGAAAACCGUCAGAUCAAGAAAAAGAAAAAGAAGAAGAAGCGUUCUCCAAAAAACCUCCUCCUGAAUUUUGUGACCAUCGAAGAGACUAAGACGGAGGAUCCUGCCCACGAGCACAUCAACGGCACCUUGGACAUCCCGGUGGAGUUGGAAGAACAGACUAUGGGAAAGUACAAUUGGGGCACCACUCCGACGACCUUCAAGCCAGAUAGCCCAGAUUUGGCCAAGCACUACAAGUCUGCUUCUCCGCAGCCUACCUUCCAGAUUAAGCCCGAGACUCCGGUUCCUCCAAAAAAACACCAUGUCAUCCAGGAGCUGCCUCUUGACAACACUUUUGUGGUGGGUUGUGACUCGUUGUCUAAGUGUUCCUCAAGUAGCUCGGAUCCGUACAGUGUCUCAGAAUGCAGCUGUCAAGGAGGCUUUAAAGCUCCCGGCCCUAUCCACACACGACAGCCGCUUCGUUUUCAUUGGAUUCUUGACAAUGCAGCGUCAGUUAAUGUUGGACAGCCAACAGCGGUGUCCUGAUCACUGUUUGCUGUCUUGCUCUGACGCCGUCGCCGCAUCCGAGGUUAUGUACUGAGGCCGUUUGCGUACGCAACGACGUUAACCCAGCAAACACGGACAAAAUGGAAACAGCACGAGAAAAAAAGAUUCCUUCUCUGUCUGGUUGCCGAAGAACUUUAUAUUCGGAUGUGGAGAGACGAACCAUUCCAGCAAGACUACCCCAAAAGGUAUCCGGAGCAAGGCAACUUUUCUCUCUUUCGCCCCCAAAUGAUGGACAACAAACUUUGUAUCAUACUGUA